AUGGCCAUGCAGUGGAGUGUCGUAAGUCUCGUGGCAGUGGCCAUGCUGGGCUGUCUGUGUGACGCUCAAUGGAAGUCGCCUCACCAACCACCUCAGAAGCCUGCCCAACCCCGUCCUCAGUGGCCUUCCUACCCCCUUCCUCAGAAGCCUGCUGAACCCCUUCAUCAGAAGCCUGCCCAACCCCUUCCUCAGAAGCCUGCCCAACCCCUUCCUCAGAAGCCUGCCCAACCCCUUCCUCAGUGGCCUUCCUACCCCCUUCCUCAGAAGCCUGCUGAACCCCUUCAUCAGAAGCCUGCCCAACCUCUUCCUAAGUGGCCUUUCCACCCCCUUCCUCAGAAGCCUGCCCAACCCCUUCCUAAGAAGCCUGCCCAACCCCUUCCUCAGAAGCCUGCCGAACCCAUACAUCAACUGAUACCCUACACGAAAGGCGACACAAAACAGACCUGUGAGGUUGAGGACAAGAACAAGGUGUCGUGUGGACUUUCUGGCAUCACUGCUGUCCAAUGCCAGGCCAUCAGCUGCUGUUUUGAUGGACGGAUGUGCUUCUACGGGAAAGCAGUGACUGUCCAGUGUACCAAGGAUGGCCAGUUUGUGGUGGUGGUUUCCAAGGAUGCCACUCUGCCCAACCUUGAGCUAGAUUCCAUCAGCCUGCUAGGGACAAACGGAGAUCACUGCACCCCUGUUGGCACCACAUCUGCCUUUACCAUCUACCAGUUCAAAGUCACUGAUUGUGGAACUGUAAUGACGGAGGAACCAGGUACUAUUUUCUAUGAGAACAGGUUGUCCUCUUCAUAUGUAGUGGGGAUUGGACCCUUCGGCGACAUCACCAGGGACAGCCACUAUGACCUGCUCUUCCAGUGUCGGUAUACUGGGACUUCCGUUGAGACACUGGUUAUGGAGGUGAAAAUGUAUCCAAACCCCAACCCAAUUGUUACUGUUGAUGCAGUUCUCAACGUGGAGCUCCGACUGGCCAAUGGAAAAUGUCUCUCCAAAGGAUGUGAUGAAGUGCAAGAAGCAUACACCUCUUACUACACGUUGGCAGACUACCCAGUCACCAAGGUCCUCAGGGAUCCCGUGUAUGCUGAGGUUCGCAUCCUGGGGAUGACAGAUCCCAACGUUGUCCUGAUACUGGAGCAGUGCUGGGCCACCACAAACCCCACAGGUGAUAGGCUGCCCCGGUGGGACCUACUGGUUAAUGGGUGUCCCUACCAUGAUGACCGUUACCUGACCGUGCCCAUCCCUUCGGACAGCUCCUAUAUCCCUCCGGGAGACUUCUUCUCCCACUACAAGCGCUUCGUCUUCAAGAUGUUCACCUUUGUGGAUCCGACAUCUAUGGUCCCCCUGCAGGAGAAUGUGUACAUCCACUGUAGUGCAACAGUGUGCCACGCUCUAGCAGGCUCCUGUGAACAAAGGUGCAACAGGCAAAGGAGAGAUCUUUCUUCUCAAGGCCAGAAGAAGACUAAAGGAGAUGUUGUGGUUUCCAGUCACAAAGUCAUCAUGAUUGACCCAAGUCCUCUUGCUUAAAUCAAAUGUUUUAUAUGCGCCUGGUUUAUAUGGUCUGACUUUGACAAUAAAAGAGGAGAGACAUCUCA